GCUGUUGAUUUCACUACUGCUUUUGCUAAAAAACCAACAACCAAUACAGCUACUGCGAGGACUAUAAACGCCCCAAAAGUUAAAAGAGUUCCAAAGCUGAUCAAAUCAAAAGGUUUACAAUCAAAGCAAAAAGCUCCCCCAACUUCAAUGACUCAAGCUAAUACUUCAUUAUUAGAUUCGAACAUUAUCAUUUUUUACACAUCAUUGACAGGUUCUUCAGAAAGAUCAGCUAAAAACUUGUACAACGCAUUAUCAAUGGUUGAUCAAUUAAAGAAUAAGCCUCAAUUAUUAAACUUGGAUGAUUUAACCGACCUAGAUGAUUAUUUCACAAAUACUCCUAAAUUAGACAAUUUGAUAUAUUGUCUUGUUUUACCUUCAUAUGAUGUUGACUCUCCAAUUGAUUAUUUCUUGCAAACUUUAGAAGAUACUUAUCAAGAUUUUAGAGUUGAUAAGUAUCCAUUGAAAAAAUUAUUAGGGUUCACUGUUUUAGGUUUAGGUGAUUUAGAAUCAUGGCCCGAAAAAUUCUGUUAUCAAGCCAAAAGAACUGAUUAUUGGUUAGGUAAAUUAGGUGCUAGAAGAAUUUUCCCAGUUGGUGAAAUUUGUAUUAAGACUGGUGGUGAUUUAAAAAUAAAUGAAUGGAUUGAAAUGUUUGUUGAUGCCUUAAAAGAUGACGAUCCAAUCUUGUAUGAAUAUAAGGAUUCAGAUGCAGAAGAUGAUUCAGAUAAUGAAGGCUCAGAAGAAGGAAGUAGUUCAGGUGAAAGUGAAGACACAUUAGUUGAUGUUGAAGAUAUGGGUAAAAUUAUGAAGUCAUCUAAUGAAAAAUCAAACACAAAUGAAAUUAAAGCCAUGGUUGCCAAAAAUUCACCAACUUAUAACAGUUUGACUAAACAAGGUUAUACAAUUGUGGGUUCUCAUUCAGGUGUUAAAAUUUGCAGAUGGACUAAAUCUGCAUUACGUGGUCGUGGUUCAUGUUAUAAAUUUGCAUUUUAUGGUAUCAGAUCUCAUUUAUGUAUGGAAACUACACCUUCCCUAUCAUGUUCAAACAAAUGUGUUUUCUGUUGGAGACAUGGUACAAACCCUGUUGGUACAAAUUGGAGAUGGCAAGUUGACCAACCAGAUGUUAUUUUGAAUGGUGCUUUACAAGGUCAUUAUUCCAAGAUCAAACAAAUGAGAGGUGUUCCAGGUGUUGUUGCUGAAAGAUUUGCUGAAGCUUUUAGAGUUCGUCAUUGUGCUCUAUCAUUAGUUGGUGAACCUAUCUUCUAUCCUUAUAUCAAUGAUUUCGUUGGAAUGUUGCAUGAAAAGGAAAUUUCAAGUUUCUUGGUUUGUAACGCUCAACAUCCAGAUCAAUUGGAAGCUUUAUCAAAAGUUACACAAUUAUAUGUUUCAAUUGAUGCCCCAACUAAAUCUGAAUUGAAAAAAGUUGAUAGACCAUUGUUCAAAGAUUAUUGGGAAAGAUUAAUCAGAUGUUUAGAUAUCUUGCGUACAAGUCAAUCUCAUCAAAGAACAGUUUUCAGAUUAACAUUAGUUAAAGGUUUCAACAUGGAGGAAGUUUCAGGAUAUGCUGAUUUAGUGGAAAGAGCUCGUCCAGCUUUAAUCGAAAUCAAAGGUGCAACUUUCUGUGGUUCAUCAUCUGGUAAUGGUAAUCCAUUGACAAUGCAAAAUAUUCCAUUUUAUGAAGAAUGUCAAAAUUUUGUUAGAAAUUUGAAUGAAGAAUUAAACAAUAGAGGUCUUGGCUAUGGUAUCGCUGCAGAACAUGCACAUUCAUGCUGUAUCUUGAUUGGUUCAAACCAAUUCAAAGUUGAUGGUGAAUGGUAUACUCAUAUUGAUUAUGCAAAAUUCUUUGAAUUGUUGAAAAGUGGUAAACCAUUUGAUAAAUUGGAGUAUAUUGCAAAGACUCCUGAGUGGGCCUUAUGGGGUAGUGAAGGUGCUGGUUUCAACCCAGAAGAUACAAGAGUUAGAAAGAAGGGUAAA